CUUUAAUGAAGAUGGACUGAUGCUGGUAGCACUAAUAGCGUCUGCCCGAACGCACCUCUCAUGGUGGUUAUGUCAAUUCAUGUGUGAAAGCCCUGUCGAAUUAGUACAUAUUACAUAAAAAAAGGCAUGAAAAACAAGUAAUUAAUGAAGUAUUUGCGAGUAAACGUAAUUGCACGGCGAAUCUAUUUCUAAUUUUUUUUUUUAUUGAUAUUGAAAUGGAUAUGCAAACGGAUAUCAACCUGUUACGACCGCAAAUGACAUUACGAAACAUGAAUUCGGGCAACAUAUUCUAUAUGCCUUUAACAUCAUUUGCAGAAAUGUGGUAUCAGAUAUUUCUCUGGGCUCUGUUCUCCUCGAUAUUCGUGCACACAAUUGCCGGUGCGAUUUGCUUUGCUACUCUACGACAGCACAAAUACGGCAAAUUCUUUCCGCUGCUUAUCAUAAUAAUGGGCGUGCUGUUACCGUUGACAUCGGGCGUUGUCAGCUCGGCGGCGGUUGCUUUUGUAUAUAGAGCGUCCGGCUACCAAAUGCCGCCCUUGUCUCGCUGCUACCGUCGGAUCACCGCCGUCUACCAGGAUCGUCUCGCCCUCGCCGUCGGAUCACCGCCGUCUACCAGGAUUGUUCCCGUACGCAGGAUAUCACCAGGUUCACUAGGAUUUCGUAGCACAGGAUUCCAUGCAAGAACGUCGCAGGAUAGCAAGAAACUUUGAAACAGUGUAUUUGUUUUUCGUAACACAAUAAAAUUUAUUUAUCAAACUUAA